GUUGCCGGGUAAAGAGGGUGGGGGAGGACCUUUGGCCUUCUCGCUCUAGUCUGAGGCUUAGGCUUCUUCCUGUCAGCAUCUGGGGCUCCAGUCAACUCCAGUAGACUCCAAGUGGCAAGUGCUAGUGAGUGUGAGCGGCGUAGCACGUGGGCCAUUCUCUGCUGAAGCCCUCUGGGGAAUUGGAGGAAUCACACCUGGUUUCCUUCAAUCCAAGCCUAGCAGGUGAAGAGGAGCCAGGGCCCCAGGAGGAAAGACAGAAGUGUGGAUCUUUCCCACCCAGAACAGCCUGUCCUGGUCAGCACCCUCUCAAUGGCAGGAAGGACAACUCAGAAGAGCCACGAGACUGAGUCCAGUGCCUUGAUCUCUCGGAGCCUCGUGUUGGGGGAGGACCCAGGACACCUGUUCCAGCAACCGCAGGCCACCAGUUCACAGGACCAGGAGCCACUCGGCUCUCCCAGCCUCUCUGAGCCGGGUUCAGAAUACCUGCCUUUCUUCCACAUUCCUGAGCAGCCCCUGGCUAUGGAGGAGCUGGCUCAGCAGGUUGAACUCCGCCCGGGACACAAAGCUGGCAGGAGCUGCAGAGAGGGUCUGUUCCUCGAGGAGUCAGCGCCACCCAGUGGCUUCUUCCCGUACUACCGCUCUCAGGAAGAGCUGCUCAACUGCACCACCCCUCAAGGCUGCUGGUGUCUGGGCACCAGAGACCGCUUUCCUGGAAGUGGGGCACUGGAUGGCUGCUGCAAGUGUGCUUUGGCAGGGCCUGACCUCCUCUCUGGCUUUUCAUCCUCACCAGCCUGCUGCCACUUCCUGGGAGGGUUCAUGCCUGACGGCGACCAGGAUCUUCCCCUCUCUGGGGACCGUGCUCUUGAUGCUUCAGGAUUUGUACCAUACUACAGAAGCCCUGAAGAGGAGCUUCACACCAGCCCGGUGCCUCCCUCCUCUGUGCUGGGGAGCUCGAGGGAGCGGCCCCAACCUGGCGCUGCCAGCCUGUGAGGAUGCAUGGCGAAAGCCGCAGGGACUUCUGGGAGUGAACUUGCCAGUCGGGUGAGGGACAGAGAGAACUGGAGCUGAGGAUUCCACGGCUCAGUCCAUUUGCCCUGGGACCAUUCGUCCUUCCUGGGGCAGAAAGAGGUCUUUUAUUAGAUCACCAGUGUGUGUGUGGGAAUCCUCUCAUCGCCACAGAGGCCCAUAAGAAGAACGCCCCCCCCCCACUUCAAACCUUUUCAGUGCCCGAUGACCUGAUCUUCCACUCUGGAACACACUCCCCCCACCCCAAACACACACACACACACACACACACACACACACACACACACACACACACACGGCUGGGCUCACCUUUCUCAUUGCAGCAGGAGAGGCCUGUGCCACAUUCAGCUACCCAACGCCACCCCCGGAAAUCAACCAUCCUGCCCCAUCUAUCCCACUUUAUUCUCCUAGGCGGAAAGUCUGCCUGAUGAGGUGUGGGGGUGGGCACCACAAACGUGACUGCAGAGGGAUUCCUGCUGUGCCCCCCAUUAGAACCUCAUUUGUCCUUCCGUAGCUUGUCACAGGCCUGGACACAGGGAGCAGGGGCCUCCUGGACAACUUGGAGGUACACACCCCCGAAGCUGGCUUCGUAAAUAAAUCCUGUGGGCAUGGGUGCCUUACUACCUCA